AUGUUUCACUUUUACAAACAAAACCCUAUAGGCAUUUCAAUUCAGUCCGCAGUCCUUUCCUUCCUCUUAUCCACUCUGCGCCGGUGGCUACGCCCAUUCCGUCGUGCGCCGACGGCCGCCGUGCCUCGCACCGGAGGAUGGAGUGCGCUCGCCGGGAGGAUGGACGGCGCGGAGAGGCGCGCUCGCGCCUGAGCUCCUGUGCCCGUGCCUCGCGCCUCCUUGCACCGCUUCGACGGCCUCACUCGCCACACGCCAUCGCCGGCGACCACAAGCAGCGACCGUCGCACCUCUCCGCGCGCCACCCCGAAGCCCCAGCCACGCUGCGCCGCUGUCCCUCACAACCCCGGCCUCUUCUAUCGACCUCGCCUCUUCGGGCGAACAAACGGUGUCGCCAGAGGCGGCCUCGGCCACCAUGCUUGAUCUGACGGGCGCCGACCGCACGGGGCUCAUCUCCGAGGUGUUCGACGUGCUAGACGACAUGAGCUGCAGCGUCGUCGAUGCCAGGGCAUGGUCGCAUCGCGGCCGCCUCGCCUGCCUUGUCUACCUGCGGGACGAGGAUGUGGACGCAGCCGGUGUGGAGCACAUCGAGGCCCACCUCUCCCCCCUCCUCCACGGAGACUCGGAAGCCAGUGGCGGCACCGUGGCUGCCGUCCCCGCCGGCUCCAUCCCGCACGCCGACCGGCGCCUCCACCAUCUCAUGUAUGCCAACGGCGACCAGGAGCGUGUGUUCCCAACUCCCUUGGUGCGUGCUCAUGUAUGUCGAGCCCGACACCAUGGGCUCCGUGCACACGGGGUCCUACGGCCAGAUCUUCCGCCUCGACAACUUUGUCUUCGGCCAGUCCGGCGCCGGCAACAACUGGGCCAAUGGCCCCUACACCGAGGGCGGGGAGCUCAUCGACUCCGUCCUCGACGUCGUCCGCAAGGAGGCCGAGAACUGCGCUGCCUCCAAGGUGUGCCACUCCCUCGGCGGGGGCACCGGUUCCAAGAUCAGGGAGGAGUACCCGGGCCGGAUGAUGCUCACCUUCUCCGUGUUCCCAUCUCCAAAGGUCUCUGACACGGUGGUCGAGCCCUACAACAUCACUCUCUCGGUUCACCAGCUGGUGGAGAACGCCGACGAGUGCAUGGUGCUGGACAACAAGGCGCUCUACGACAUUUGCUUCCGCACCCUCAAGCUAACCACACCUAGCUUAGGUGGUGGAAUGAGGACACUCUCCAAGAGAACUUCUUAACACCAGACAUCUGGGUGAUAAAGAAGACCCCUCUUGGAAAAUUGGACCAGGAUAUGUGGGUGUGAUCCAGAAUUUUAUGCCUGUCAGGGCUAACUUGCACCUCCAUCCCUACGCCCCUUUGAUUACAUUUGCAAUUCAAUAUGCAAAUAAGCUGGAUGCUUGGAUGCCCGUGGUGAGUGAAGUAUGGAUUUAGUCUGUCGGUUAAGCUGACUAACUGUUUCAAAAUCUUGAACUAAUGUUUUUUGUGACACCUGAACUAAAGUUGGUCAUGCUAACAAAACCUUCAACUUAUUAGAACAGAAAUUGUAACAACAUUUAGCUUAUUGUUCUGUGAAGUAACUACUAUUGUACCAGAAAAUUUUGUGCACGUGCAUUCAAUUACAGGUUAUCCGAGCCUGCUUGCACUUGCAACUGAUCAAUGCCGAUCCAGUUGUUCUCAGGAUAGAUAAAAAUCAGUUCUUGUUCAUUAUAGAGGGCAUCCAACAUAAAUAAGAUUUUUAAAUCUGACACAACAUUUUUAUUGUACAAUUCAGUCUGAAAGAUAAGAACAAACUUAUCUGCCACUAUAGAGGGAAUCAAACAUAAAAUAGGUGACAUGCAGAUAUUGACAUACGAUUACAUUUUUAUGGCAUUACUAAUCCAGUUAUGGUUCCAUUGUUGUCGCACACCGAACGUUCAAUGAAUUUCUUGAAGAAAAUGUAUGGAGUCUUUUGUUGUGUGCUUCAACCAGGUAAAAUCCUAUUGGUUAUUCUAAUCAUACGAUCUUCCGAGCCAAUUUUGUGAGCUUAGUACAGUAGGAUUCUUAUUUUUUAAGGCUUCCCAGUAGAUAUAUUGGAGCUGCCCCUUCCUCUUCUACUGUGCUAUCUCUACUUCUUUCCCUUCUACUUGAUAGUCAAAAAUUUAGUACAUCUCCAUGCUCAUGGUUCUUCAGCAUAUAUAGUCUACUAUGUAAUUCUCUGUGUAACCCAUUUAACUCUGCAACAGCCACUAAAAUAUAUCUGUAAGCUUGCAUAGGAAUAAUUCAUUUUUUUAUUGUUGUUUGGUUAUUGUGGUUCACAGCCAAUUUCUUUAGGCUUUAAGGAUAUGGUAGGAUUACACUAACAAUCCGAGUAAAUAGUAUUUGGUCCUUUUGAUCAUGUUUCAUGGCAAUAAAUAUGUUUCCUUGUGGUGCAAUUUGUUUCCUGCAAUUGGUAACUCAACUUUUUUGCAGGGAGGUAACUACAUUUCUUCCGUUGCUGAAAAAGCUGAGGUGAAUUCUAUGACAGUGAGGGUUGAUGAUAGGAGCACAAGUAAUUCUGAUGUAAGUGUGACAACCUUGUGUACUAUUCUAUCCUGGUCUUGCUUUUAUUGUUGCACAACUUCUCUGAUCUUCCAGUAGAUUUGUUCAGUCGGUGUGGUCGUUAGUCUUAGUUUAGACAUCUUUCUAUUUUGAAUCUGUGCUUAUAUUGUUUGUCAUCUGAAAACUACACUCAGUAUACAUUAUGUCCAGGAAAUAAUCAUCACGUACUGACAUCACUCUGUACUCCUUCCGUUACAUAAUUCUUGUCGUGGUUUUAGUUCAACAUUGCAUAACCUUCUGGUUUUCUUGAGGUACUGCUCAGUAACUUUUUUUACCUCAUGCAUACAAAGAUAGAACAAGAGUCACUGGAUUAAGAAUUCGAACUUUCAGAAGUUCAAAAAACAAAUCUGCAUAGUCUGUGGAUGGGGAUGGAAGGAAAGAAUUGCGAUUCUAAUGUGCCAUUGACAGUGGCGGGCAUUAAUUGGGGAGGCGGAGAUAGCAGCUUGACAUGCAUGAUGUUUGAUUAGAAUCGUGGUUACUUGGUGAUGCUUUCAGUUUGCUAGAACUUUUUAGCCUGAAAGAAUGCAAAAUGCAUAUACACUGGGAUUAGGAAUCCAUUAAGUUAUCUUAGUUUCUCUUUCUGGUUUGAGUUUAGUAUUUUUUUUUCUUCUUCAUGCAUUUAAUUUGCUGUGCAGGUGUCUUACAUAAGAUGCUAUAAGGAUUACAUAACUUUCUUUAUCGAUCACAGUACCGACGGUGGCAGGCCAUGCUUUCUAUCUGCAGGUCUCCAACUAAAAGUCUAACUGCAGGAGUAUGUAGAAUCUUCUUUACUUAACUAGCUGAUACUCACGGACAUAUCGUGAAGCACAAGCAGCCUUGCAACCGCAAACCUUGCAGACUUCUCUUUUCAUAUCCAAACUUUGCAAACAUUUCAUUCAUGUUUUUAAACUUAUUCUGCGUUUAUUUUAGUGCACCAAGAAAAAAUAAAUUUGUGACCAUU